GCUUCCACUCUUGCUUCACUUUGCCAGGUUAAACUCUCGUGUUGACAAAGUUUAAAUUACAGUUCACUUACUUUGUCACCAUAGCAACAUGGACAUGGCCGAAGAUAACGACAGUUUUGGAAUAUGCUUUAUUCUUCCAGAGGGCGGUAAAACAGCGCCUUGUUGCCCACAUGGUCCAACCUUGCUGUUUGAGAAAGUCGGCAAAGGAGGAGAGACAGGCAGGAGGUUUUAUGCCUGCUCAGCUUGUAGAGACAGGAAAGACUGCAGCUUUUUCCAGUGGGAAGAUGACAAGGUGUCAGAGGCCAGGCUUUUGGCCAGAGAAACAGAGAACCAGUCAAAGAGACCAGUGUUCAGCCAGCAGGAGUACUGGACCAGGUUCAGGAAGUUUGCCUCCCUCCCGCUAGAUGAGAAGAAAUUCUGUCUGAAUUGCCAGAUUCUGCUCCUGCCAGGAGAGCAUGCUGCCCACUCCUCCCACAGAUGCACAGCCAUCACCACAGCCCAGCUGAGGAAGCCAAGUGCACUGCUGUGUCCUCUGGACAACAAGAAGAAGAACGCCCAGUACCUGUUCACGGAGCGCAGCUCACACUUUCUGCUGGACACCUUAGCUGGGCAGGGGUACAGGAAGGUCCUGUGUGUGGGCACACCCAGACUCCAGGAGCUGAUCAAGCUGCGAAACCUGGAGCAGAAACAUGAGCCAAUGAAGACUCUGCUGCUGGACAUUGACUUCAGAUAUGCCCAGUUCUACAGCCAGGAUGAGUUCUGUCACUACAACAUGUUCAACCAUCACUUUUUUGGCGGAGAGGCCUCCAGUGCAGUCCUGCAGUCCUUCCUCAGAGAGUGUGACGGGGAGAAGGUGGUGAUGGUGGCUGACCCUCCAUUCGGCGGUCUAGUGAAGCCUCUGGCCAACACUUUCUCUCUGAUCUCACAGACAUGGAGGAAGCUGCAGAGCUCUGACAGCAGUAAAGCUGACAUGCCUAUGAUGUGGAUCUUCCCUUAUUUCUUUGAGCCCCGCAUCCUGGAGUGCCUCCCCUCACUCAGCAUGCUGGACUACCAGGUGGACUAUGACAACCACCCUCUGUAUAAACAUGGGAAGACGGGCAGGAAGCAGUCUCCUGUCAGACUGUUCACUAACAUCUGCCCCGGAGAUGUUGUCCUGCCCAGAGAGGAGGGCUACAGGUUUUGCUCUGUAUGUCGGAGAUACGUCUCGGGCCUCAACAAGCACUGUGCUAAAUGCAACGUCUGUCCGUCCAAGGAUGGUCGUGAAUGGAAGCACUGCUCAACAUGUGAAAAAUGUGUGAAACCAUCGUGGAAGCACUGUCAAACCUGUGGUCGCUGUGCCCUCCCAGACCACCCAUGUGGCCAGGGCCAAGGAAAGGAGGGUUGUUUCACCUGUGGAAGCCUGAAGCACAAACACAAAGCCUGCCCUCUUAAAGACUCACACAGGAUGAGCAGUUAUCGGUCUAAUGCCAAGAGUAGAGGCAAAAGUCCAUCCCAUCAUCCCCUCUACAAGCCUAAAGCUAAAAAGAAGUCUGGAGCAGCGCGCAGAGCGAAGAAGAUGGCUGCUCAGUCUAUGUGACCUCAGCAGUCAUGCAGUGUCUUGUCAGCUAUGCAUUCAGAAGCUAUGAGUUCUGAAAGGAGCUGACAGUCUGUGACAUGGAGAUAACAGUAUUUUUAUUUUCACUCUAAACAUCCUCUUUGUAGCAGACAUGUUUGAAUUAAAGUUAAAAAGAAUAGGGCUGCACAUUAUGCAAAAAAAAAAAUUAUGAUUAUUUUGACAGACAUUGUGAAAUGCAUUAUCAGUGGGUUCUUUUUGCAUUUCAUGUAUACAGAAUUUUUGAUUUAAAGGGACUUUUGUUGGUCUUGUACCAAACAAACAUGCUCCUUUAUGUCUGGAGAAUAUGAUUUGUCGACCGGUCGCACCACAACACUUGUGGUACUAACAACGCACAACAAUGUUGUUACACAUUUUACCUUUAUCAAAGAGAUUGUGAAUCUUGCGAUUUGGAUUUUUGCAGCUCCUGCGAUUUGGAUAUUGCACUUGCCAUAUUGCAAUUUCAAUUAUAUUUCGAUUAACUGUGCAGCCCUAGUAAAAAAAAAUACAAUUAAAGCUGCAUUAAUUGAUUUUUGGCCACAUGAGAGCAGUGAAACAAGCUGAAAGCACAUGCAAUAUAUAAUGGCUUCAUGAAGUUGUUGAAGCCAACAUGUUAGAGUACAGUGGCCUGUUUACACUUUCAGCAGACAGAGGGGAACACCAGAAAUCAUUUAAAUGUUGGCCUCUUUUAGCUCAUUGUUUUAGGGCCUGCAUUUUUGAUGUUUUGGUGUAGUCUCAUCUCUUCUGUGAAAAAAAUCUUUGAUAAUCCCUGCUCAGCAGCAAGCAGCAGACAGAGUUAGAAACCAGGUGGUGAACAUUGUGGAGUAUUUAAUGGCUAAAGAGUUGGUGGAAACAGGACUGAGAGGAGAGUGAACGUUUGAGAAACACUGUAACAGCUAAUGGGAAUUCUAUUAAACAAUAAAA